CAACAACGCUGACAAAAUGAUUGGGCCUACGAAGACUCCCACCCCUUCUUUCCAUUACAGUGAAAAGACAGACUGGAGUAGUAGAGACACCUCAAAGGUCAUCAGGCUUCACUACAAGUGUAUGCCGGGAACAGCACAGAGAUGAGGGUAAGAGGAAGACAAAUGAGAGAAAAUAUCCCAAAGUGGACUGACGGUAACGUCACACACAGAGGAGUGGUCAGGUGGCACAAACAUCUCAAAGCCAGAAGACACCCUGUAGGUAGACCUACUCAGCGGAGAGAUCUGCCGGGUGGCCUCAGGCAGGAGGGAGGGAGUGACCAUCUGUAGGGGAGCAGAAAAAAAACUUUAAAAAAUCCAAUUUAUCAGCGAAAUACAAACGUCACUGUCACAGCCCAGCAUCGUCCCAUAACCACACAGGGUACAAGAGCACCGGCCUGUCAUUGAGCAGACAACUGGAGAAGAUGGCGAGAGUUGGUGGGUACCAUCGUCAGCAGCCCCUCAAACCGAUGAUGGCAAUAUUCCUAAGACCGCUGUAUGCGGGUGUAAGGAACACGCACAUAGCCUGCACACGUGCAUAAUUAUACACAAAGACCUGCACACGCAGGCAAACGGAUGGCUGAACACACACGCACCCACAUGUGUAUCAUCUCGUGAUUACCAGAUUAGUUGUAAUUACCGGGUAGUGACAGUGAGGUGCUCUCGUGAUUGCCUGAUUGAUUCUAAUUGCCCGCUUGAUUCGGUCUCUAGCAGUGCCUUCGCAAGCUUGACGAAACACCGACCUGCACUAGAUUAGCUCCCCUGUCAAGUAGAUUACCUCCCCUCAUUGUUUAAUACAUGGGUGGUGGCGUCCCUUCGGCCUCCCCCCAACUUCCAUCGAUCGACAACCUCCCCGCCCAGUCACCACUCGGUAAUUAGUAAUAGAUCGUCUGCUGGAGGCGCGAGCUUCAUGCUGUUCACGUCACGUGAAGGGUUGGGGGGUGGCUGUCUACGACGCUACGUCACGUGAAGGGGGUCUGUCUACGUCACGUGAAGGGAAUGGUGGUCGUUAGGUGAAGGUGACCGUAUAGCUGUGUAUGGUCACGCUACAGUGACCCAGCUGUAGCUGUCUACGGUUGUCUAGGCGUGCUUUCCAUGCUACACAGCUCUGUCUGUGGCCGGGACAAACAUUCCAGAAGGAUCAUUAGAGCCGCUAUAGAUGACGUCAGGUUAGUGUCGUGCGCAUGCCACGUGCGAAGCUCUGCGCGUGCAGCUCAAGUCAACGCGCAUGCGUGGGACAAGGGGCUGGACGGGGAGGAAGCGCGCUCGUCCCGCUGACAGACUGCAGGAGGGGAGGGGGUAAGGGGAGGGCUGGCUAGCAGUCUGUGUCGUGUGGCCGGACACACACACACACACGCAUGCACACAUACACGCACACACACGCGCGCGCGCACAUACACACACACACGCACGGCAGGUGGCGUAAAGCUGCCGUCUGCUACUGAGCACAGGUGUGCUGCCAGCCUUCUCCACAAACACCGGCAUUCACGGUGCCUGCUGUGUCCGGCAUGUAAACACACGACAACCAGAGGGCCGCCGCUUGUACAGGUGUACCAUGCUGUAGGUGUACAAGUGUGUCAAGCUCAUCGACUACAUUUGAUAACUGUCGCCGUGACCCAUCUCCACCAGCCAUGUGACGAGAACGCCAGCCACCGGAAAAACAGCUUCCCGUCUCCUUAGCAACACGUCCUUUACACACGAAUCUGCAGAAUGAAGUCACACUCAAGUCACAUUCAAGUCACAUUCCAGUCAGAGCGGUUUGUGGAGGAUGAGUGGUACCACUCAGUUAAUCCGUUAAACUGCCGAGUUGGCGGGGUCAGACGGAGCCCUGGGUGCUUCUUGACUUCACGGUUCACUGCCAGCGGGAUUCCACAGGAGAAACAACACAAGAGACAGAGCUACCCCCACCUAGCAGCCCAGCAACGCCCGACUACCACAAUGUCCCGAAAGAACCCGCACAACCGCGAUAAGGGGUCUUGCCCUGCCCUAAAAGGUAGGGUCAAAGCGGACCCCAGCCCACAGCAUCACAGCAAAGUGUGCUCCAGUCUUCACCCCGGGAUUCAGACGAGCCCCAGUCCACGGGUGUGGUCCAGCUUCAAGGGCUCACUUGGUAGACUCCAGACCAACAACUCCACCAUCCAAGGAUGCACAGGGCUGACCUCCCCCUACUUACUGUGCACAUCCUGUCAUAGGGACACUCGGAGAACUGUGAAGAUGGCGACCCUGGCCACACAGCCCGUAGCAAAGCCCUGCCAGAGAUUUGUAAGCAGGCUGCACGCACCCCUCGUGUUCAUGUCUGCCAGCAGAACCAGUCAGCAGGGUCACGUAAAACAGGGCGAAGGUCACAGACAGCAGGGUCAUGUACAAGGUCAUGUGCAGGCCUCAGUGUUGAUGGCAGAUGUGCAGCUGCUGGCUAUACCCAGAAAGUGUGCAGAGCCCCCGCCCCCAGUUACCUUCCCCACUCUUGCAACAGGCAGAUCCCCGAGGGUGAACUAUGUCCGAGUUGCCGGCAAAACAAGUCACCUCCGGUUGCAGCCCACACGCUUACAAAACUCCAGGGUCAAGGCUGAUGCUGAUCAUAAAGCAGGCCAAGACUACAAUGCAGCGGUAGGUGAUGAGGUCGGUGCUGAUGUUGAUUUCUCGGGCUGCACAUCUCCUGUCCACUCAAGUCUAGGGGCGGCUCGCAUUCCUCAAGCACCACCACCAUCUCAAGCAAACUUUCACCCACACAGUGAGGUCAGGUCAGUUCCCGAGACAACCAUUACUCUGACCAUGGAAGAGACUGUUGAGGGUGAAACCAUCUCGAUCACAAGACAGCUCGUAGUGCCCGAAGAACACCCAGAUGGACAACAUGCUCAGAAUAGUCCCCGUGCCAGGGGCCUGCUGUCUGUACCUGAAAAAGAGCCACCUGGUCCACAUGGUCAGCAUAGUCCUCAUGCCAGGGGCCUGCUGUCUGUACCUGAAAAAGAGCCACCUGGUCCACAUGGUCAGCAUAGUCCCCGUGCCAGGGGCCUGCUGUCUGUACCUGGUUAUGUGCAUGUACAUGAAGGUCGUCCCGGUUACUCUGGGUCAGAGGCCUCUGGGUAUUAUCAAAACCUUUUAACAAGUCAGGUGAAAAUAAAUCCGGUGGUGACAGGGAGGAUUUGAAGACAGCUUAAGUUAUUUCCCUUGAUGUCCUUGACACCAGUAGCAACAGUGCAAUACACGACCUUGAACUUGGUGGUCAGCUGAGGCCAACAGAAGACGAGAGCCAGAGUGUAACACACCUGACCUGCAACUUCAGCCAGCCUAGGUAUGUAGGGCAAACAACACUCUUGUCAAAUAAACCACUCUUGAAAUCUAGUUUAUUGCCAAACAUCUGCAAAGAUAUCAACUGCAGAAAGUCCAGCAGCUGCCCAGCAGAUGACAAACAACUGAUGCCGAGGUCAAGGACAAGGUCUGUUCACAGAAUCACUUCUGUGUCUCCACUCACUGCUCACCAGGCAAAGCGCUUCUGACUGCAGUCCCAGUGCAUGGCCAAACACCUGCAAGUGCAGUAGGACUGGAGUGCAACACAAAACUUUCUAGCACAGUAUCACCAUCAGUGACAAACACUUCUACUACACGUACACUGCUCAGUGAAGUAUUGGAACAUCACCUUCAUAUAAAAUAAAAAAACAUUCAUGCCUCCUUACAUCAAGGAGUUGCUUUUCCUUUUAUUUCAUACUAGCUAUAUGGUACCUGGCUUCUUUUCCGGCUUUGUGUUUCUAGUCAACCUUUGAUUUAUCAUUUCAUUUGAAUCAAGCUCAUCUAUGACAUGUGAUGUGAAAAUUCAGCAUCCAAAAGGGUCUUGUUUUACAUAUAAACAGGCAUCCACACCCCGAAGUGUUAUCGGAGGUUACUCGAGCUCACCAAUCCCCUCACCUGUGCUGCCCACGUGAUCACGAAGCCUCACGGUGCAUGUUUUGUGUGGGGGCUGGUGGAGGUGUUCAGUCGCGCCCACCCACAGCUCGGCCAUGAACACCGGGCACACAAACAGCUUGAGGUCCAACAUAGUGUGACCACUUCCAUGCACGCACCUUUCCAGUACAUCUUACUGACAUAAAAAAGUAUAGACGCAGGACGCCGAGAGGGCACAGGAGACACAUGUCCAUCUAGCCUCUCUCUUCUAGACGAACGAGACAUGGGUGUGGUGUAAUAACCACAUUGUCCCAGUCUCCCGAGGGGACACAGAGGAGAUAUGUAGGUCUCCCUUACACCGCUCUAAAGAACAUUUCACAGGCCGAUUCCUAUACUUUCCCGCCGCAGUUCGCCUUUGAACACCUGCCCGCCACCCUGUCCCCAGGUUGAGGAGCGGCAAACUUCACGAGGAAGAGAUGAGGGCAGGCAUGACAGG